AAGCUUUUUAUUUCAGAUUUUCAGUAUUUACAGGUUUUUUUAAGGUUGCUACUCUGUUUUCAGCGGCUAAUUAGCCAUCUCCGUGUUGAUUGCUGCACUGCAAAUCAUCGCGUUCAGGCGGGAGACGCCACGGCGCCAGUUCCCCGGCUGCAAUUCCCGGGACUGUCGCUAGGUGCCGUGACCGCGACUGCAGUUCCCAGAGCCGCCGCCAGAUGUCGCCCGGCACGGAGGCUCAGUCUCUGAGCCCGGUUUCCGAGGCCGGAGUCGAUUUCUCUUCAAUCCUUUUGCUUAGGCCCUGGAUCCUUCUCCAUCCGCCUCCAUCGGGCUGUCUUUCGGCGCCGAUCCCCGUUUCCCGUUGUAGUUAAGGCUGCGGAAGCCCUGGGAACGAGCCGAGGUUGGUGUUUCUGAGGUAAAGCGCUUUUGCUAGGCUGCGAUCCGGAGGUUUACUCCCGCUUUGUUCCCGGCGGCAUCCCGCCGCCAUCUUUUCCUCAAAUUCCCACAAAACGGAGCAGAGAGUGCGGGGGAGAGGCGCGGGGACCCUUAUCUCCGGGAGUGGAGGCCAGGCCGGCCUGCAGACUCUUCUGCUUGAUUUCCUGGGCUGCGCAGAACGGAGAGAGGUUGUCGAGUCCGGGCCGACCCCACCGUCCCGUCCGUGGACCCCCGGGCGGACAGGGCCGGGCCGCUGCUGGCCGGCCUGAGCCUAAAGCGAGUCCCGGGCCCAGGGCAUCGGGUGCUGGUUGCGAAUUCCGGAGCCGGCUGUACGCUCUUUGUUUGGGGCGAGCGGCACGUUCUCAGUGGUGCUGAAAACAACCAGGGUACUCGAUGACAUUCCAGCGCGAUGUCAGAGCGUUUGGGGCCAACUACCAAGGGGAAGGAUGGAAAAGCGAAAUACUCCUCCCUCAGUCUGUUUGAUAAGUAUAAAGGAAAGUCAUUAGAAACCCAGAAACAUUCAGGAAUUGUUCCUCGACAUGGCUUGCAAAGUCUUGGUAAAGUGGCUGCUGCUCGGCGCAUGCCACCGCCUGCAAAUCUUCCCAGCUUGAAGGCUGAAAACAAAGGAAACGAUCCAAACGUGACAAUUGUACCAAAAGACGGAACAGGAUGGGCAAGCAAACAGGAGCAGCCGGACCAAAAGAAUACCAGUGUAUCAGCAGCACAGCAGCCAGAGUCGCUGUCACAGCCAGUUUCACAGACGUCUGCCUCCAAUGUGGCAAAAGCAGCUCCAGUCCAAGAGAGCACAAAUUCAACACAAGGUGGAGUAAAGUCGUGGGCACAAUUAAAAGCAAAGCCAGUAGGACCAGGGCCUGGAGCUGGCACAAAGGGAUUAAACAAGCAGUUACCAUUCUCUCACGAGGAAUUUCCAACACUGAAAGCAGCUGGAGACCAGGAAAAGGCUGGAAAAGAAAAGGACACCACAGAUCAAUCAUAUGGGCCAGGACCAAGCCUCCGCCCACAAAAUGUAGCUAUUUGGAGGGAGGGUGGUGGUCGAAACCUAAACCCCACAGCAACAUCAACUGUAUCACCACCAGAGAUGGAAGCCAAAAGCUCAGGCCAAGAUGAACCGGUAAAUGUGCCAGUGUCAUCAAAUGAGCCAAAGGAACCCUCCCUGCGGCCUGCUACUCCACUGAGGAGAGGAUCGGGAAUGUUGCAGACUGGGUCUCACCAGUUCCCACCUACCUACCGUGAUAUGCUGCCUACAUUUAUGUGCCCACCACAAUCACAACCUCAGUCUACCCCUGUCCUUGGUCCACAAGGAUCUUUACAGUACCCGUUCCAGCCACCUGAGCCAAUAAAAUAUCCCCGUGGAGUUUCUCGUUCCGUACGCCCAGUUAGGCCCGCUCGACGACCUGGCGAGCCUACUGAUCGACCUGCCAUCAUUAAUCCUGAUGACCUGAAAGAACUGGAUCAGCUGGAUAUUGAAACAGAAGAUGGAUGGGCAGGUGAACACGAGGAAGUGGAUUAUUCUGAAAAACUUAAAUUCAGUGAUGACGAUGAUGAAGAGCUCUCAAGAGAGAGAAAAGAAAAAUGGGAAAGGGAUAUGAAAGUGGUACGCCAACGCUCUUUAACUGCUAAGCUUGAAGCAAAGGUGGAACCAUCCAUUUGUAGUGAAUCCAUUUGGGGUAACGCAUUAUCUUCCAGCCAACCAGGCCAUGGGUUUCAAGAUGCUGAGCCACGUUGGAGCUUGAAUACUACUGAGACAAGGACUGGCGUCUUCCAAAAACUGACAGGAGCUAAUAGGUGGGCAGACUCUCAUGUUGAGAAAGACGAAGUUUGGCGACAGAGGCCAAAUUCUGGUACUAAUGAACGUUCUGAGGCAUUGGAGCGAGUCAGGAGGAGGCGUGAAGAAGAGGAACGUCGAGCUCAGGAAGAGAGACUAGCUGCUUGUGCUGAGAAAUUAAAGAAACUCGAUCAAAAACGUGGAGUGGUAGAGAACUCUGUUAAGUUUGACAUGCAGAAAAAAGAUGAUGUUGAAACUAAGGAAAGCAAGGACUCUGUACCUUUGUCUACACAGCAGAAGCCCUACACUGAGAACAAGCAGAAUUUACCAAAAGAAAAACGUGAGCUGUCUGUGGAACUCAAUGCUGAGGACAAAGUGAAAAAAGAAGUUCCUGCAGCCACUGCUGAAAGCGAUGAUGAGAACAAUACACAGGGUAUUGAGCCUGCACCGCCAAUUCAGAGCUAUGGCAAGUUCCACAAGUCUUUGCCGCCUAGGUUCCAACGGCAACAACAGGAACAGCUGUUAAAGAUGCAGCAGAGGCAACAACAACAACAACAACAACAACAACAGGGACCUUUAAUACCACCACCGGUUGCACCACCACAUUCCCACACUCAGAGGCAUGUCUAUCCAAGUCCAGUCGGCCCACCCCCUCCACACAUGCUUGGCUAUGAUCCUCGUUGGAUGAUGAUGCCUUCGUAUAUGGAUCCUCGACUGACCCCUGGGAGGGCACCCAUUGACUUUUACCCAUCGAGUGUUCUUCCCUCUGGAAUGAUGAAGCCGGUGAUGCGGCCCGAUCACUCUGACAAUGUUACUUCAGGAUCUGAGCAGCAACAGAGGUCCCCCAUAUUGUUACAGGAAAAAAGAACUCCACCAGCAGAGCCACAGUUCAGUUGGAGUCAAGACGACUACUCAACUGCUCAAAACAGGGCUUUUAUGUUAAAUUCUCAAGAUGGUGCUGCAGAAGAGAGAGGAACGAGGAAUGAAAGACUUCCCACUCCACCUGUGAGAGCCGAUCCGAUUUCCCAGCAAACCAUGAAGAUACAGAGAGAUCCAUUUGAGGAACAGAUUGAAGAGUAUAGGGUUGCACCAGCAGACAAAUUGCUAAAUAUAGUUCGUUUAGAAUCACAGGCUGAGCUAAUAAAAGAUCAAAGACCUGAAGUGGCUCCAAAUGUGUCAGCAGUGCUUGGAAGGGAUGUUCUUUUCCAGCAUCAAACAAAUCCCCCAUUACUUCAUAAAGAACUCUUCUCAUCUGAAUCAGAGCAGGAUGGACUGAAUGGGCCUUCUAGAGACAGCACUGAGGCAACAAAGUGUGUUGAAAAUAUCGAAGAGAUUGUGUCUCAUACCUGGGAUUAUGUGCAUCAGAAAGAGCAUCCGAGCCCAAAGGAUGAUGAACAUGAUGAUACCAGAGAAGAAAAAGGCUUUAGAACUGAAAUAUGGCAAACUGAUAAGUUGUCAAAGAUAGAGUCUAAACCUGCAUCUCAGUGGGAGCCACUAAAAGGAAACCAUGUUGAUCGUCGUGAGACUGUUGGGAAAAUGAUAGGUAGAAGAUCAGGGCCAAUUAAAAAGCCAGUUCUAAAAGACCUCAAGACUGAAAAGAAUGAAGAGGCCGAUAAAGUAAAAUUGGAAUCUUUUCAGAAAACCCUUCAGAAUAAAGUUGAACAGAUAAAGACUGAGGGUAAGGUGAUGAAAUCUAAUGGAAGCAUUGCACCUCCAUCACAAACUGCCAUGUCAUGUUUGAACAUCAGACAUAAAGAACUGUCUGUCUCACCAGUGCCUCCAGCUAAAUUUGACUGGGAAAUAGAGAAACCACAAAGAAAGGAGAAUAAAGCAUGGGAAAUGAGACCUAUGAAUAAAGAGAACAUUGAUUUCCCUCCGCCACAGAGGGGAAACUGGAUUGAAGAUGAAGAUCAACAAAAUUUUAGCAAUCGAGGCCAAGGGCGUGGAAGGGGUAGAGGUCGAGGAGAUUUCUCUGGCAGAGUUGGAGAGAUCAGAAGCUCUUACAAUAACAACUUCAGCAGAGGAAGUCGGCAAAAUCCUAAGGAGUACUGUAAUUCAUUAGAAGAUGGACAAAAGAACUCCAACAGACGUCGAAAUGCUAGUGAGACACGCAGUGAAGGGUCUGAGUAUGAAGAUAUACCAAAGCGACGGAGGCACAGGGGAUCAGGAACUGGCAAUGAGGCCACAAUUGAGUCAGCAUAUUCUGACAGAGAGGGUAAAAAUAUGUUCAAAGACCCUCUGAGAAGAUCCAAGAGGAUACCUGAUGGGACUAUCGUUGGUGAAAUGGAAGAUGAAAGGGGACCAUCAAAAAUGUUUGAGAGGGCAUUACCUCCUCGGUUAAGUAACUCUGGGAGAGGGCGCAACUUUGUUCCUCGUGGAAUGCCCUCAAGACAAAACAGAACAGGUAUGUUCAAGCUAAAUGGUACCUAUCAACUAAAUGGAGAUGUUUCAUCUUCCCUGAUGUUGUCUAAGAGGCAGCCUCCAAAGGAAUCUACAAAAACACUUAACAGGGCUUUGGAAGUAGCACUAGAAAAUGCUGGAGAGGAAAAUGGAGUGGUCGACAAACUCUCAUUUUCUGGAACCUCGGCCACAGAAGAUCAACCACCCAAAAGGGAGCGAUCAAUGGAUAUGCCACCACGAAGAAGGAGACCUCCUCGACAGGACAAGCCUCCACGAUUCAGGAGACUCAAACAAGAAAGAGAUGCAGCCACUGAGAUAAACAAUGAUGUAUGUGUUCCUGCAGACAAUUAUGUAUCUAGUGUGACUACAAGAACAGAUGAUCAGGAAAUGGCUUCCCUUGUUGCUGGAAAUAAGUCUCCAGAUCUAUCUAACCAAAAUUCUUCGGAUCAAGCAAAUGAAGAGUGGGAAACGGCUUCUGAAAGUAGUGACUUUACUGAGAGACGAGAUAGAGAGAACAGAACAUCCCUGAAUAACUUGCCUCCUGAGUUAGAUGUGGCAGACACCGGACUUGGGCAGAGAAAAGAGUUGGCUAAACGCAGUUUCUCUAGCCAACGCCCAGUUGAUAGACAAAACCGUCGGGCAAAUCCGGGAUACGGUGGAAAAUCUCCGAAGACGAAUGGAACUGGUCCCAGAAAUGAAAAAGCAUCUGGGCAACCACCAAGAAACAAACGGUUUGUAGAAGAUCAACUGUGUGAUCAGGUAGCUGUCAAUGGAGGGAAUGUCAACACAGUAUAUUGUAUAGAGCGUGUGGUUCCCAAUGACCCAGCAGCUGUACAAAAUGCAGUGAAGGACGUAUCAAAUAAAAAGAAGGAGAAGGAUGUAAAACCUGGUGUGAAAAAGCCAAAAGAGAAGACUGAUGCUUUGGCUCAGUUUGAUUUAAAUAAUUAUGCAAGUGUUGUCAUUAUUGAUGAUCAUCCAGCUGUAGCUGUGGAGGAACAACAGUCUGUAUCAGCUGUGAAUGAUGGUUUUACUGAAGUAAUCUCAAAAAAGCACCGUCGUUUGCUUGAAGAAGAGCGCAGGAAGAAAGAGCAAACUUUGCAGGCACCUGGGAAAAGUCGGAACGAGAAGAGUUGGACAUCUUCAUCCAAGAUUCCUCCUCGUUUUGUUAAAAAGCAGCAGAUUUCCAAUGCAAUAACUGAACAGACAGAGGAAAGCUUCUCUAAGGUGCAGUCCACAUCCAGCAGUCUAGGAACAGAAAUCUGGGAAAGCUCCAGUGCAGCUCUUCCUGUUCAGGCUACCAGCAGUGAUGUUUGGGCAAAACCUUUGAAUUCUUACACAGGGUCUGAAUCUACUUGCACUGAAAGUUUCAAGGCAAGUCAACCUGACAGUGGAGUUGAACUCAGUGCUGAUUCUCAAGGUUCAUCUGCAACAUCAUCACAGCGAAGCUCACCGUAUGGCGCACUGAAGCCAGAGGGAGGAGUGGUGACUGAAGUAAAUGGAGCCAGUGCAGACACAUCAGUAGAUAAAUCAAAUGGAAAAACAGAAGAUCCGAAGGAACAACGACAAAAGUCAGAAAGACCAGAGAACAAGAUUCCAGACCCAGCUGAAGGGCAGAGCAAAGACCACAAACCUGGACCAAUAGGAAAUGAACGAUCUCUGAAAAACAAAAAGGCUAAAGAGUGUCUGGAACCAGAAGGAGCAGAGCGAAGUGAUGGGGGCAUCAAUUCGAAAACUGCAGCUGAUAACAGAGCAAAUUCCAAAACAGGGCUGGAUUUGCACGUAGACUCUGUUAUUCCAGUUCCACCAAUAGAGUUUGGAGUAAGCCCAAAGGAUUCUGAUUUCAGUUUGCCUCAGAACUCCAUGCCGAAUUCUGUUUCCAACUCAAUCACUAAAUUGCAGGAUGUAUUGGUGAACAAUGUGACGCUGAGCCAGUCAAUCCCUAUUCUGCGACGAGAGCAUCUCCAGCAGGGUCCCAAUCUCACUCCUGUUUCCCUAUCAAGCACAGAUCUUACAUUAAAGAUGGAAUCUGCUCGCAAAGCCUGGGAAAAUUCUCCCAAUGUUGCUGAGCAGAGUUCUCCCGGUAGCAGUAGUGCCAGUACACAGACUCCAUGUAACACUGGCCCACCUAGUGGUGUAGGCUACAGCUCAAUUGGAUGUUCUUCUGUGCCACCUAUGCCUAUGGUGUCAGUUGCACCUUCAGUAUCUUUGCCAGGGAGCCAUAUUUCCCCUUUGUACAUGGAUGGUCAUGUUUUUGCCAGUCAGACCCGACUCCUUCCUCAAUCAAUUCCACAGCAGCAAAAUUUCCAGGCUGGACUCUCUCAGGCUGCUGCAGCACAUCAGAUUCCAAUGCCCGUACAUACAUCCUUACAGGCCCAGGCACCCCUUGGAUUGAGAAAUGGAUUGCCUGUCUCCCAAUCUCAAGAGAUAUUUGGUUCAAUGCAGCCGUUCAGGUCACAAGUAUAUAUGCAUGCCAGUCUGUCUCAGCCAUCCACAAUGGUCUUGUCUGGGGCUCCUCUGAAAACUCCAUAUACAGCUUUCCCUGCAGUUCCGACCUCCGAUAUGGUAAAGCCACAGCCAGGGUCUCAUUAUCAAGCCAUUGGAGGAAAUCAAACGCUCAUGUAUGAAAGUCAACUAAACCAACCUGGGCUCACCACUUCACAGAUCCUAGACUCUCAGCUGAUACAGGUGACCAUGUCCAUGCCUGGAUCCCAGUUGUCACUACCUAGAUUUGGCUCAGGCCAGCAACAACUGAUUGCAUUAACUCAGUCCAUCCAGCUUCCCCAGGCGCAGAGCAUGAGUGUUGGAGGGACCAGAAGGCUCUUGCCCCCAGGAUCACAACCUCCUAUUUUACCUACUGGCAGAGAGAUUCCCCAAAUGGAUCUGAAAGCUUUUCAAUUUGCAGACAACAAACAGAUUUCCUCUGGGAUCUCUGGAGGUCCUAUACCAAACCUCUUCAGACCUAGUUGUUCAAGCCCAAGUGGGAAAACUUCUGGACCUGGACCAGCUGCUAACACAAUGGGCCUAAAUAUUCCCGGAACUAUCCAGGGCCACUAUGCCCAGCAGAUACCACCUCCACCCCAAGGCAACAUGAUCAUGCACAUGAGGCCUCCCAAUGUAGGAACAUACCCAACUCCAAUACAGCGUCCUGUAAUGCAAAUGAACAAAGGGCCCAUUGCACCUUCUAUCACAGUACGCCCGCCUCGAAUGCACAGCUCCAGUCGAGAAAAUUCUGUCCCAGCAAUUCGAGCUUGCAACUCUGAAAGAGGAGAAGAAGAUAUCAAGGCUAAACAGCGGGCAGAGGUGCUACAGUUGACCCAAAAAUUCUUUGAACAGCAUCAGCAGGGGAAGCUUGCUAACCUGACCCAGAAAGUAGAACCAGCCACUUCUAAUGCUGACCAUGGAGAAGAAAGCUCAACCUUAAAUGUAUCAAACAUUCAGGACCCAGCCAGCGAGGCUGUGACACAGGAAAGAGCUCUUUGAACUGGACCAGUUGUACACAUUGGCAUUAAAGCAGAAGAUGGGGAAGCAUAAGGAUCCCCUACAGUUUAAAAAAAAUGAUAUAUAUCUAAAUAUAUAUGUAUAUAAAAAUCAGAAAGGACCCGGGAUAUCUGGAAUGCUAAGACUUCAUUUUUUUUAAAUGCUGUUUCAUUUGCUGCUCAGUCUUUAAAGCAGAGAGUAAAACUGAUACCAGUGCAAGGUAAUGUGAACUUGAAGUUUUUGUACUUCUCAUUAUAAAUCCACGGUUGAAUUCAGGAUAUGUAUCCAGCUUGGGCAAGAGAGUAUCCAUUUGAAAUGGUGCAGGAUGGCUGCAUAGAAGAAUUGUACUGAGUUCUGGUUGUUGAUAUGCUGGUUUCCUUUCAUAUACAGUAAACUGCACCUGACGUCACGGCUUUAUACAGCAUGGUGCAUCAGCUAACUUCUAAUCAUUGGUUCUUUUGUGAUGGAGGAAAGAAAUCAGAAAAUCAGAAUGUAUAAAUUAUUUCUGUGACAGACUUGCAGAAAGACAUAGUUGCUGAAUGUCACUGGAUAAUCCAAUCAUGUUUAUUUUGGCCAUGUUACACUGAAAAAUCAGGUUGACCAAGACGUAGUGCAUUUCAACUUGUGAUUUUCAUAAUGACUGAAAUUGCAGUUUCCACAGUAGUAGUAAUUUUACCUGGAGAAAUUGCAGCUGAAUGCAGUUUUGUUAGAUGCUUGAUGGCUUAUUUCAUUUUGUUUCAUUUUGCCACAAAUGUGUAGAAUUAAGGAUACAUUAUUGAAAUCCUCUACAAAUACAAAAAUCAAAAGUACAUAUUUUUCCUUAACCACCUAAAUGGUUUGUUAAUUAUUUGCAACUGAAGCUGGUUGGCAACUUUGAUAACAAGUCUACAGUUUGACUGUUAAACUUCAUUACUUGCAUCAUAUUUUCUCCUUUACAAUGAAAAAUGGGUUAUGAACAAUGCUGUAUUUCCAAUGUAGCUAAUUGGACCAUUUGAAUUGGACUUUAGCAGACAUAUAUUACUGCCCAAAAUAUAAAUCCUUAUCCAGCACUGUAGUUUCUGUAAGUGCUAAAUGUUGAGAAAAAUUGUUGGUUCUGCAAAGUGAGAAUCCUUUCCUGGAGGAGCAUGACACCAAAAUGGAAUAGGUACUCAUUUGUUAAAAAUAGUACCAUGCUUACAAGUCACGACCUGUAUAGUGCAUGUGGGUAAAUAUAAUAAAUGAAUGUGCAUACGUAAUCAUGCGCAUUGCAAUAAUUUAGCAACUUUGGCAUCAAUGUUGUCGGACUACUGCAGGGAGUCCUGUAAGGCUGAACUAUCCUUGCCUUUGUUAUUUAGAAUUCUGUACUCCACUGUACAUAGUUCACUAGUAUACAAGUAUAUCAUGAAUAUUGGCCUCCAUUUGUCUAGUGGACUGGAUUCUCUUGAUGAGAUGUGCAUUUUGAAUCCAAGAGUUUAAAUUUUAUGAGUACAUUUUAGUAAAUGACCUUUGACAUUUCACCUUCCAUUAUGUUGAAUCAGAUGUGGGUGGAAGGAUUUAAUUCAGUUUAUUUGCAGUCAUCAGUUACGUUAGUAGAAACAGGUCUGUUCGACACUGUUGCAGGGUUUAAGUUAUUACUGUAUGUGAUGAUACUGAACGUGUUGUAUGUGGCACAUUCCAGCUGACUGCUGGCUUCACUUCAUUAACAUUCUUAUUGCCAGUGAACUGAUCUAGACAACUACAAGUAUGUGCAUAUGUUAAUUCGCCCACACGAAUAUCUUUGUUGAUAGAUUGGUUGUUCAGUUCAUGUAUCUCUCACAACUGAAUAGGGCCUCUUACUGAGCUCCAGAGCAGAUUUUCUGUCUCUCCACUGUCGGUUUCUUAAGUGAAUUGACCUUCUCAUUCAGGUUGUUUGCUUGAACAUAAGAGGGUAUAACAAAGGUUGUCAUACUAACAUUUCUACUCUGGGGGUUUCCAAUUCAUAUAUUUUGGUAUCACUUUUAUACAUUUGAUUAUAAUUUUCAAAUUUUAUGAAAAUCAGCAAGAUUUAGUCAAAGGUCUCACAGGUUCUUCCUGUGAGGGGAGGGGGUUAUCAUCUCACAUUUUGAAGUAGUCAUUAGUGUUAACAGACAGCUAAUUUAUAUAAAACAAAAUGAUCACAUUGAUAUUUUUAUUGUGUUGUGUAAUCUUGACAUCCCAUAGCAC